UCCCAGCCGUGCCAUUUAAUCCGUCAAACAAGCCGGGAUGUUGUUUCCAGCAGUGCCAUUUAAAUGCUGACCCUCCUUCGCCGCGCAAGUCCAGGUUCGACACUCCUCGGUCGUCCGCCAUUCGAACCACCCAGGGGCGCAUAGACAACCGUCAAGAUGGGUUCCCCGACCAACCCUCAAGCACCAAGCUACGAGCCCGUUGGCCUAUCUGAGAAGGAAGAGCUGCUAUCACGCCCGCUCCUUGCUCAUGGCACGCAACCCAGUCCCGGGCAGCGCCUGAAGCGCAAGCUGUCUGUUCUCCUGGCCUCGUGCGCCGUCUCGCUCGCCGUCUUCUUUGCGUUCAACAUGCUUGCGUGCAACGGCACCUUGUUCGGCAUCAAACCGCGUCCGUCCGAACCCUCCACCCCGCAGGCACCGGUCCAAGCCCGAGAAUACCAGUCUUCUUCUUCUUCGGAUGACUGUCCAUGCAAGUCCACGUCCACGGUACCCGACUACUUUAACACCAGCCCAGGCCCGUGGGUUGGAAAGACGGCCACGGGCAAGGCGCCCUUUAUGGCCCAGACGAGAACCUUUGACCAUGCUGCUACCUACGUGCCCAAUGCGCCGCUGCAGACACAGGUGCCGGUUCAGGGCUGGCACCCGGGCAACCUGAGCAUUUUCGGCAUGAUGGGGUUUCUGACGCCUUAUACGCCCUCGACUGGAUUUGGCGUGGAUGAAUGGCCGCUGCCUGAGGGCGCCGAGAUUAUUUGGCUUCAGAUGGUUUCUCGCCAUGGCUCUCGGUAUCCCACUGGAGGCUCAAACGUGGAGUCUUUCGGUGCCCGCCUUGCCAAUGCGACUGGCAAGUUCAACGCUACGGGUGAACUCGAGUUCCUGAACAACUGGAAGUAUCAGAUGGGCACCGAGAUUCUCGUCCCCAAAGGCCGCCAGGAACUGUUCGACUCUGGUGUCCUGCACGCUUACAUGUAUUCGUCACUUUAUGACCCCGAGACCAAGAUCAUCGCUCGUACGACGACCCAGGACCGCAUGAUGAAGUCUGCUGAGAACUUCUUGGCUGGUAUGUUCGGUCUGGAAUGGCCCAACAACGUCACCCUUGAAGUCAUCAUUGAGGGCUCCAAAUUUAACAACUCCUUGGCGGGCUAUAUGAACUGCCCCAAUGAAAGCCAAGACGGUCUUGGAUCUAAGGCCCAGAAUAUCUGGGUCGGCAACUACUUGCAGAAUGCUACUGAACGUUUCUCCAAGCUCGUUACGGGCUAUAACUGGACAGUCGAUGACACUUAUGCCGCCCAGACCAUGUGCGCCUACGACACCGUUGCCAACGGCUACAGCCGCUUCUGCUCCCUCUUCACCUACGAAGAAUGGAUCGGCUUCGGCUACUCCCACGACCUCCAAUUCUACGGCAACAACGCCUUCGGCUCCGAGACCGGCCGCGCCGUCGGCAUCGGCUUCCAGCAAGAAGUCCUCGCCCGCCUCCAAAACCACACCAUCCCCUACUCCGAAACCCAGCUCAACGUGACCCUCGACAACAACACCGUCACCUUCCCGCUCAACCAGUCGCUGUACCUCGACUUCUCGCACGACACCAACAUCGUCUCCAUCCUCGCCGCUUUUGGGUUAACCCAAUUCGAGCAGGACCUCCCUACUGACGCUUACCCGGGCGAACACAAUUUUACGGUGUCGCAGAUUACGCCUUUUGGCGCCCGCUUGGAUAUUGAGAUUAUUAAGACGCCGAAGCCGGUGAAGGCGGAUCGCUCGGGGUAUGAGGAUGAGGGAGAGGAGACGAAGUAUGUCCAUUUUGUGCUGAAUCAACGGACGGUUCCGUUGGGGUGGAGCCAUCCGGAGUGUGAUGCGGAAAGGGUGGAUGGGUGGUGCGAGUUUAAGACUUUCUUGAAGGUGCAGGAGAAGAUGCCGGGGUUGGCGAGGUAUACGGAGGUUUGCUUUGCUGAGGGGGGGAAUCCGUAAGGGAUGUUCGUCAGGGAAGCCCAUGAGGAGCCGGUAAUGAGCCCCUAAGAAGGGGCUCUUUGUUGGCCUCCUGCUUUGGGAUGGAUGAUGCAUUUUCAUGAGUGAUGAUCUAAAGACUGGACGAGGAGUGCAUGUCGUGCGAGAGAAAACAUCUAAGCGUGGAAGGCAUUUUGGUCUACCUCCUGCAAACGGUAAAAGUUUCUAUACUAGAUCUACCUUAGCUCGUUUCAAACUUGAA